UGUACCCAACAGACGUCAUUUGGGUCAAGUGGUCAGUGUGCUUGCUGCUCCUCACCAGGAACUCCAGGGAUCCCAGGAAUCCCUGGACCCGCGGGAUCACCUGGCAAUCGUGGACCUGAAGGACCCACGGGCCCAAGAGGAAACACAGGUGAUAGAGGAUCUCGUGGAAAGCAGGGACCUAAAGGAGAUACAGGACCCUCGGGUUCGACGGGCCUACCAGGAAACAAAGGUAAAGCGGGCAUCCCAGGACGCCCUGGACCCGCAGGACCAUCCGGCAAACAAGGACCUAAAGGAGCAAGGGGACAAACAGGAAACAAAGGGGACAAAGGAUCUCGUGGAACGCAAGGAUCUAAGGGAGACACAGGACCCUCGGGACCAGCGGGUAAAGCAGGAAGCAAAGGUGAACCAGGUGCUCGUGGUGUCCAAGGUCCACAGGGAACCCUCCGAAGUAAUUGGAAACAGUGUGUAUUUAAGAGUAUGAAUGAUGAAACAGACACUGGUUUUAUCAAGGUAAACACUUAACUCUCAAUAGAUUUAUGCCAGUGAAUGUUUCGCUCUUUGACUUCGGAUAUGGGUGUGAAUCGUCCUGACAGGAUUUCAUAUAAUCCUACAAACAAACACGGAUAAAUAUGAUUGAACUGGGGAAAGUAAAGUCUAGACACUAAACGUACCCAUUUAAUAACUUACGAUUCAUAUCAACACUUUUUUUCCCCCUAAUCUUACAUUUUCUUAAAGGUUAUCAGAGUACUCAGGUUUUCUUUUAAUACUAUUUUAGGUAGUAAGUUGUAAUGAAUAUUGAUAUUUAUUGUUUGUUUGAAAACUUGUAAGGACCGUCAUUUAACAAUAGAUAAAAAACCAUGUGUUGUUUAAAGGAUUGACAGAUAAAAAAGAAAAGAGGAAGAAGAUAAAUGUUACAAAGCUUCACGAGGCCGUUAGGCCAUUAUACCAAUUUUCAAUUUAAGCGUUAUUUUAAUUGUUCCACAGGAAUGUAUUUUCAAGAAAACAUUCGACAAUACAGCCUUGCGUGUCUUCUGGAAUGGCGAUUUCCGUGUUGCUAACUGCCACGACUGCUGCCAUCGGUGGUACUUUACCUUCAAUGGUGCAGAAUGCUCGUCCCCGGCAGCCAUUGAUGGUGUAUUUUUAGUGUAUCAGGGCACUAGCUGGCAGAAAAAUCCACAUCGCCCACGUCACAUUGAAGGAAUCUGCGAGAAGCUCCGUAAGGGCACGGUCCGCGUGGGAUUCUGGGUCGGUAAGUGCGUGGGUAAAAAAACUGGAGACGCGUAUACAGGCUGGAACUCAGUCUCCAAAAUCUACAUAGAAGAGGUGGCUCCCCCACAGUUGUAA